GAAGAAAGAGACGCGGCGGCGGCGACGCUGACAUCCGCAGGACUAGAGUCCCCAGCCGCCCGCGAGCCCAAGCAGUAGGCGGCGAGGCCCGGCCCCCGCGGCCCCUGGUGUAGAGAAGCCGCCGUCGCCGCUGCGGCUGGGUCUCCUUGGGCUCUCGCCCCUCAGGUCUCAUUCACACUCAGGACUCCCGCGCUGCGCCAUGUUCAAGAAACUGAAGCAGAAGAUCAGCGAGGAGCAGCAGCAGCUCCAGCAGGCGCUGGCCUCUCCUCAGGCUUCCUCCAAUUCUUCAACACCAACAGGAACAAGGAGCAGGACAUCUUCAUUUACAGAGCAAUUCGAUGAAGGUACACCCAAUAAAGAGCUACUAGCCGGGAUGAUAGCAGAGCCUGCUUUUCUCUCUGAGUAUACUAUCUUUGCUUUGGAUUCCUCCAAACAGCCUAAAACACAGACUGACAGUGUGAAUAUAUCUAUCCAAGCCACAAAGUCUCCCGACAGUGUUAAUGGAAGUGAACCAAUGAUUCCUCAGUCAGGUGACACACAGACUUUCGCACAGAAACUCCAGCUCCGGGUGCCUUCCAUGGAGUCUUUGUUUCGAAGCCCAAUAAAGGAAUCUCUAUUCCGAUCUUCUUCUAAAGAGUGUUUGGUACGAACAUCUUCCAGAGAAUCCCUGAAUCGACUUGACCUGGACUUUUCUGCUGCCACCCUUGAUCCACCCUCUGAUAUGGAGAGUGAGGCUGAAGACUCACUGGGGAAUUUAGAUGGCCUCAACAAAGAGCAGUUGGUUCUGGGGCUGCGAAGAAUGGAACGGCGGUUGAAUAGCUACAAAGGAAAGUGUUCUGAGCUUGUAACAGCUUAUCAGAUUCUUCAAAAAGAGAAGAAAAAGCUACAAGGUAUAUUAAGUCAGAGCCAGGAUAAAGCACUUCGGAGAAUUGCAGAAUUAAGAGAGGAGCUCCAGAUGGACCAGCAAGCAAAGAAACAUCUCCAAGAAGAGUUUGAUGCAUCUUUAGAGGAAAAAGAUCAGUACAUCAGUGUUCUCCAGACUCAGGUUUCUCUGCUGAAACAACGGUUACGAAAUGGCCCGAUGCACAUUGGUUUGACAAAACCAUUCCCUCUGAUGGAACCACAGGCUGAAGGCGUCACUGAAGAAAAAAACACAGAGAGUGAUGUAGGGGCAGUAGUUGGAGAUGGAGCUUCUGCUGACACACUGGAAAUGCUUCAGCAAAGAGUUAAGCGUCAAGAGAACCUACUGCAGCGUUGUAAGGAAACAAUUCAGUCACGUAAGGAACAGUGUACACUAUUAACCAGUGAAAAAGAAGCACUGCAGGAGCAACUAGAUGAAAGACUUCAAGAGCUAGAAAAGAUGAAGGAGCUUCAUAUGGCUGAGAAGACUAAACUUAUCACUCAGUUACGUGAUGCAAAGGACUUAAUUGAACAGCUUGAACAAGAUAAGGGAAUGGUAAUAGCAGAGACAAAACGGCAGAUGCAUGAAACUCUAGAGAUGAAAGAAGAGGAAAUUGCUCAACUUCGUAGUCGCAUCAAACAGAUGACUACCCAGGGAGAGGAAUUACUGGAACAGAAAGAAAAGUCUGAAAGAGCUGCUUUUGAGGAACUUGAAAAAGCCUUGAGUACAGCCCAAAAAACAGAAGAAUCACGGAGAAAAUUGAAGGCAGAAAUGGAUGAACAAAUAAAAGCUAUUAAAAAAACAAGUGAGGAGGAACGCAUCAGUCUUCAACAAGAAUUAAGUCAGGCGAAGCAGGAGGUUGUUGAUAUAAUGAAAAAAUCCUCAGAACAAAUUGCUAAACUACAGAAGCUUCAUGAAGAAGAAUUGGCUAACAAAGAGCAGGAGAUGACCAAGAAGUUUCAGACCCAGGAAAGAGAAUUUCAGGAGCAAAUGAAAGUAGCCCUUGAAAAAUGUCAAUCAGAAUAUUUGAAGAUCACCAAGGAAAAAGAACACCAAGAAUCUCUGGCCCUGGAAGAGUUAGAGUUGCAGAAAAAAGCAAUCCUCACAGAGAGUGAAAAUAAACUUCAGGACAUUCAGCAAGAAGCAGAGACUUAUAGAACUAGAAUUCUUGAAUUAGAAAGUUCUUUGGAAAAAAGCUUACAAGAAAGCAAAAUUCAUUCAAAAGAUUUGGCUAUUCAUUUGGAAGCUGAAAAGAAUAAGCACAAUAAAGAAGUUACAAUCAUGGUUGAAAAACACAAGACAGAACUGGAAAACCUGCAGCAUCAGCAGGAUAACCUUUGGACUGAAAAACUCCAAGUCUUAAAGCAGCAGCAUCAGACUGAAAUGGAAAAGCUUAGGGAAAAGUAUGAACAAGAGAAAGAAACAUUGUUGAAAGACAAAGAGAGUCUCUUUCAGGCCCACAUAGAGGAGAUGAAUGAAAGGACGUUGGAAAAGCUGGACGUGAAGCAAACAGAGCUGGAAUCUUUGUCUUCUGAGCUGGCGGAAGCAUUAAAGGCCCGUGACAGGCUCGAAGGAGAACUUUCUGUAUUAAAGAGUCAAGCAGAUACAGUGAAGCAGGAGUUAGAGGCCAAGCUGGAUGAACAGAAAAAUCACCACCAGCAACAAGUGGACAAUAUUAUUAAAGAGCAAGAGCUGUCUAUCCAGCGAACUGAGAAGGCACUGAAAGAUGAGAUCAACCAACUCGGGCUUCUCCUGGAGGAGAAGGAUAAGCGUCUGAAAGAGCACCAGGCUCGUGUGGAGGGCUUGGAGGAAGAUAUUAAAAGGUCUGGAAGGGAGCUCCAGCAGGCAUCUGCUAAACUGGACCUUUUUCAGUCACACCAGAGUACCACGCAUGAGCAGGCAAAAGCAUACGAGGAACAGCUGGCCCAGCUGCAGCAGAAGUUGUUGGAUUUGGAAGCAGAAAGAAUUCUUCUUACAAAGCAGGUAGCUGAAGUUGAAACACAAAAGAAAGAUGUUUGUAUUGAGUUAGACACUUACAAAACCCAGGUGCAGGAUUUAAGGCAGCAACUGGAAAAACAGAACAGUGAAAUGGAGGAAAAAGUGAAAUCUUUAACCGAGCUGUGUGAGUCCCAGCUUAAAGACAGUAACACUGAGCAGGAGCAGACAAAGCAAAUCUUGAUGGAAAAGGAAAAUGUAAUUUUACAGAUGAGAGAAGGUCAGAGCAAAGAAAUUGAAGCGCUCCAGCAGAAACUGUUGGCCAAGGAGGACAGUAUUAGUGUUUUGCAUGAGGAAUAUGAAACCAAAUUUAAAAGUCAAGAGAAAAAGAUGGAAAAAAUUAAGCAGAAAGCAAAGGAGAUGCAAGAAACGCUAAAGAAGAAAUUGUUGGAUCAAGAAGCCAAGCUUAAAAAAGAGCUUGACAAUACCGUUCUAGAGCUUAGUCAGAAAGAAAAACAGUUCAACGCUAAGCUUUUGGAAAUGGCACAGGCUAACUCAGCGGGAAUCCAUGAUGCCGUGUCAAGACUGGAAGCAAACCAAAAGGAGCAAAUAGAGAGUCUCACUGAGGUGCAUAGGCGGGAACUUGAUGAUGUGAGAUCAGCCUGGGAGAAGAAACUUACUCAGCAAGCUGAGGAACUUCAGGAAAAACAUGAAACCCAGUUACAGGAGAAAGAACAAGAGGUAGUAGAACUGAAGCAAAAGAUCCUCGUACUUGGGUGUGAGAAAGAAGAGAUGAACAAGGAGAUGGCGUGGUUGAAGGAGGAGGGCGGUAAGCAGGGUGCGGUAAUAAAGGACUUACAGGAACAAGUCACCCAGAAGUCUGCCCAGAUAAAUUCUCUCUCACAAAAUGAAGUGAAACUGAAAGCGCAGCUGAAAGAGCUGGCAGUUGGCUUGCAGCAUUCUCUGAAGGAAAAUGCAUGUCUCCAGGAGCGUGUAGUUGAGCUGCAGACGCUGUCGGAGAAAGAUAAGCUUGAAGUUUCCGAGUUGACUGACAAGUUGAAAGCCACAGAUGAAGAAUUUCAGAGGUUGAAAUCUUCACAUGAAAGAAGUAAGAAAAGCCUGGAAGACAAAAUCUUGGAAUUCCAAAAACUGCCUGAGGAGCUAGCAGUUCAGCUGGAUAUAUGUGCUAAGAAAACUGAAGCCUUACUGCAGGCUAAAGCGGAUGAACUGGUCAACCUUAGUAAUAGUAAAAUUCAUGCUGUUCUCACUAGAAUUUCCCAUUGUCAGCACCACACAACUAAAGUUAAGGAGGCACUACGAAUUAAAACUUGCAAAGUUUCUGAAUUAGAAGCACAACUUAGACAGCUAACAGAAGAGCAAAGUACACUAAAUAGUUCUUUCCAGCAGGCUGUGUACCAGUUAGAAGAAAAAGAAAAUGAGAUUAAGAACAUGAAGGCUGAUAUUGAAGGUCUGGUAACAGAAAAGGAAGCCUUGCGGAAGGAGGGCGGCAGUCAGCAGCAGGCCGCCUCUGACAAGGAGUCUUGUAUCACACAGCUGAAGAAAGAGUUAUCGGAAAACAUCAAUGCUGUCACAUUGAUGAAAGAAGAGCUUAAAGAAAAAAAAUCCGAAGUCAGCAGUCUCAGUAAACAACUAACUGAUCUGAACGCUCAACUUCAGAAUAGUAUCAGCCUAACUGAAAAAGACGCCGCCAUUUCAUCACUGAGUAAGCGGCACGAUGAGGAAAAACAUGAAUUGCUGGAUCGGGUGCAAGAUUUAUCUUUGAAAGUUGAAACUCUGAGUCAAGAGAAAAUUUCUGCUCUUGAACAGGUAGAUCACUCAUCUAACAAAUUCUCAGAAUGGAAGAAGAAAGCACAGUCAAAAUUUACACAGUAUCAAAAUACUAUUAAAGAACUGCAAGUGCAGCUUGAGUUAAAAACAAAGGAAGCCGGUGAAAAGGAUGAGCAGGUGGCUUUGUUGAAGGAGGACCUCGACCAGCAACAUAAAAGGUUUGAGUGUUUAGAGGGCGAAAUGGAAGAUAAGAAGAGCAAGCUGGAGAAAAAGGAGUGUCAUUUAGAGGCUGAGUUAAAAAUUCAGACGGCGAGAGUUGUGGAAUUAGAGGAGCAUGUUGCUCAGAAAACAAGUGAAAUCGAGUCCUUGAACGAAGUUCUUAAAAAUUACAAUCAGCAAAAGAAUAUGGAGCAGAAUGAAAUGGUUCAGAAACUUCAGCACUUUCAGGAGCUGGGAGAAGAAAAGGCCAACAAGGUGAAAGAGGCCGAAGAAAAGGCCUUAAGACUGGAAGAGCAAGUGGCUUCUGUGAAAUCGGAACUUGAAGCUAAGAAGAAAGAAUUGGACCGUGUGAAUUCAAGUGUGAAGAGCAAAGAAGAGGCAUUAAAGGCCCUGGAAGGUAGACUGGAGCUAGAGAGCGCUGCAAAAUUAGCGGAACUGAAGAAGAAAGCUGAACAAAAAAUUGCUGCCAUCAAGAAGCAGUUGCUGUCUCAAAUGGAAGAGAAGGAACAGCAGUAUAAAAAAGAGAUGGAAAGCCGCCUGAGUGAGCUAAAUACAAAAUUGCAGGAAAGAGAGAAAGAAAGUCACGUCGUGGAAGCAAAACUUAAGUCAGUGGAAAGUUCACCACAAUCAGAAACAUCAGUUGUACCCAGAUCACCAAAAAAUGUGGCAGCAUGUAGUGAGCAAGAAGCAGCAGAUUUCCAUGGCUGUGUGCAGAAGGCAUGUGAGGAAAAAAUCAGUGUUUUACAAAGAAAUGUAAUUGAAAAAGAAAAGCUAUUGCAGAGGCUAGAGCAGGACAAAGAAGAGACAAUUUCUUCUCAUUCUGAAAUGCAGUGCAAAUACCAGGAGCUCUUAAUAAAGCUGGAGCAUGCCGAGGCAAAGCAGCACGAGGAUCAGGUUAUGAUUAAUCGCCUUCGAGAAGAACUUGAAGAAAAAAACAAAUAUUCCUUGAUAGUAUCCCAGUGCAUGGAAGGAGGAGGAGGGAAAAAUAACACGGGGACAAAGCAAAACUUGGAAAAUGUGCUUGACGAUGUCCAGAAAACCCUCCAGGAGAGGGAACUAACCUGUCAGACUUUGGAGCAAAAGAUAAAAGAGCUGGAUUCCUGCUUAGUAAGAGAGAAGGAAGAACAUAGAGUUGAAUUGGAAGCGUUGACCUCAAAAUAUGAAAAAUUACAGGCUUUGCAACAACAGAGGGAUGGAAAAAGUAAAGCCACAGAAAUUUUGGAAGAAAGUGGGGAAGAAAAGUCCAAAUCACAUGUGGUCCAACCCAAAUUGCUUAGUAACAUGGAGGCUGAGCACAAUGACCUGGAGUUUAAAUUAGCAGCAGCAGAACAGGAGAAGCAGAAGCUGGGCAAGGAGAUUGUGAAGUUGCAGAAAGAUCUUCGAAUGUUGCGGAAGGAACAUCAGCAAGAAUUGGACAUAACAAGGAAAGAAUAUGAACAAGAAAUGGAAGAGAAAAUCAAGCAGGAGCAGGAAGAUCUUGAGUUGAAGCACAAUUCCACAUUAAAACAGCUGAUGAGGGAGUUCCAUACACAGCUGGCACAAAAGGAACAGGAGCUGGAAACAACCCUGAAAGAAACCAUCGAUAAAGCCCAGGAAGUGGAGGCUGAACUUUUGGAAAGCCAUCAAGAAGAGACAAAUCAGUUAUAUAAAAAAAUUGCAGAGAAAGAAGAUGAUCUAAAAAGAACAGCCAAAAGAUACGAAGAAAUCCUUGAUGCUCGUGAAGAGGAAAUGACUGCAAAAGUAAUGGACCUGCAGACUCAACUUGAGGAGCUGCAGAAGAAAUAUCAGCAGGAAGAACACUCUGGCAGUGAUAAAGUAACAAUUAUGGAGCUACAGACACAACUAGCACAGAAGACCAGUCUGAUCAGUGAUUCAAAGUUGAAAGAGCAGGAGUUCAGAGAACAGAUUCACAAUUUAGAAGACCGUUUGAAGAAAUAUGAAAAGAACGUAUAUGCAACAACUGUGGGGACACCUUACAAAGGUGGCAAUUUGUACCGUACUGAUGUCUCACUCUUUGGAGAACCUACUGAGUUUGAGUAUUUGCGAAAAGUGCUCUUUGAGUAUAUGAUGGGUCGAGAGACUAAGACCAUGGCAAAAGUUAUAACCACUGUACUGAAGUUCCCUGAUGAUCAGACUCAGAAAAUUUUGGAAAGAGAAGAUGCUCGACUAAUGGUAAGCUUGCAAAGUAGGUUACUGAUAGAAGAUGACUUUGUCUUAUCUAUUUACAUUCUGUCUCAUUUACAAAGCCUUUGAGUUGGUAAAAGAAAUUUAAAAUUUUUAUUUUUAUUAUACUGUAGCCUGAUAAAUGAGAGUAAAGCCACAGUAAGAAAGUUUAAUAUAGGGCAGAUAUGAAUUUUUAGUAAUUGAUCUUCUGUUGACUUUGUUUUGGCUUUGCUUUCACACUGAUCCUUUGUUCUGCGUCAAGUUCUUGAUUAGUCCUUGCCCUGGACCAGCCUUGUAUUUCAGUUAAUGUUUCUCAUGUCUCUCCCUUUGGUUGGAAUUUUUAAAAUCUCCUCUGAAUUAAUAAAAUCAUCAGAACCUUUCAGCAUUGUUAGGUACAAAUGGUUUCUAUUCCAGCGGAGGCUUAUUUUUCCCUUUGUAUAGUCUCAGUACAGCAUGCAAGGUGGAUUCAGGAAACAACUGCAUAUAAAACCGAUGCACAGUGAAAGAUACUGCACCUGUAAAAUAUGGAUUUGUUGUUUUGAAAGUAGUUUUGACUCUUGAUUUUUUUUUUAGAAUUAUAUAAUAAGUGAUCAUUGUAAAUGAUCAAAACACAUUGUAAAUAAUUCAGAAACAUUACGCAGAAAGGGAGGUCUUCAUGAUCUCCAGCCUCCCAGGUAUUUCCACCGUGCCAAGGUCAUCUUUGUUAGUAGUGUGGUAACUGUCCCAGGGUUGUCUAAGCUUUAUUAAUAUAUUGAUAAUUAUUCCUUCAUCAGUUAAUUAUUUUAUAAAAAUGAGAGUAGGCAACAGCUUGCUUUUUUUCACCUAUAUUUUUAUAUUAUGCCUCCUCAUUAUGAGUAGAUCUACCUCAGACUUUUUAAUGGCUAACUGUAUGAUUAUAUGGAUGUCCUACAGUUUAGUUCACCAAUUUCCUAUUCAUGGACACUCAGGUGGUUUCCAGUUUCUCAGUACUUACAAGCCUAGACACAGGGGAACGUCCAUAUACAUAUAUUUUGCAGGUUUUCCAAUAGGAUGUUAACCUCAUUGUGUUGUGUGUGUUGCAAAUAUUAUUUUCUAGUUUGCCUUUUGAUUUUACUGCUUUUUACUAACUUAUAUUAAAUAUAAAAAAAUAAAGUGAUACUUCUGAGGUUGGUCACAUUAUCCAAGAAUAGACUCAGAUUUUAUAAACUUGCACCUAUUUUUGCUGAUGCUGUUUUAAAGCAAACCAGGGAGCUAAUUAAUAAUCUUGGGUUAUGACCAUCUUAAAACAGGACAUAGAAUUUAUUUAAAAAGGUUGCUGUAUCAAAACUGUGUUUGAAGUUGGGUCCCUUUGACUGGAAAUGUUGGGUGUGUCCUCAUUCCUGAUGUACCAUUGAAUUACAGGAGAACCACUCAGUGAUAAACUUGACAUGUAUUAGGAGUGACAGUUUGACAUAGGUAGACUGUGGUCAUGUUCAUCAGCAUUUUCCCGUUUCGAUGGUCAACUGAGAUUAUGUAAAUCUAAUUUGAAUGUGUUCAUUAAUGGAAUUAUGAAAGAAAUCUUUUUAUAAAGCAAAUAAUCAUAUACACUAAUUAAUCUAGCAUAUAAGUAUGUACUUAAAAUGGGAAGUACAUCUUUAAUUAUGUUGUUUAAAUUUUUAAAUUAAAGUUACAAGUAAAAAUCUCAGCUACCUAGUGUUAUAUUUACUCAGGAUAGGAGGGAGGUAUUACAGAUUUCUUAUACUUUGCUUAUACUUCCUUGAUUUGGGGAGAUUAGAGAAAAAUUUAAGUACAAUCUGUUCAAUCCUUUGAAGUACAUAUACACAUAUAAUCUUUGUGUUAUACUAAGUCUUAAAACUAACCCAAUAAGCUUUUUUUCUUCCUGGCUUUGUAGUACACUUCACCUCGCAGUGGUAUCUUCUGAGUAACCAUCAGUCUGUGCUUAGUUAGCAUGUGGUGAGUGAAGAAUCAUGUCUGUGUCUUCUGUGCAAAAAUCAUGUGUGUUGCAUGAUAUUAACCAUUUCGCUGGAAUUCUUUUGCUUUUUUGUUUAAUGAACAUAUGAUUUUGCUAUGGGUUAAUAUAAGUAUUUUCCAUUAAUUGUUUUAUAGAUUAAUAAUAUAUAGAUUAAUAAUCACCACUACCAAUGAGAUGAUAUAAUUUUAGGAAAUUUUAGUCCUUUAAAUAGUACUUGGAAGUUUCAGAAUUGCUCUUUGAAAUUUUGUUUAAAAAUCAAAAAAAAAAUUAUGUAUUUUAUAUUCCUUUCAGUUUUUUGCUUCCUAAGAAUGUGCUUUGAAGUCAAUAAAGAUUGUGAGAGAGAGAUGAAAAAUCAUUUUCUAGGUAAAAGUGAAGUGAUAUGUUUCACAAAUCCAGAAUUUAAAAUAUUGUAAAAGCCUACUUGGAGUCAAGGCUAGUCUGAAAUAUUGAAAACUAGUAAAGCUGAUUUAAAAAUAAAUGCAGUUUUUAUUAUUUCCUAAGAUCAUACAGUUUAACCAAAUAACACAUUUGUCCUGUGGAGACCCUUAGGCAGCCAGCUUUAAUUGAAGGUGGCUGUUUCUAAUUACCGUGUUACUACAGUGAAGUGGAGGCAUCUAAAAUACUUCGAAGCAGUUGACUGUCUUUACUACUUAAACACCCCUCCAAUCACCUCCACGUAUUAUUCAUGCUAUUAGCUUGACUUAGCACCCCCUAAAAAUUUAGGGUAUAUUUUUACCUGUUACUGCUAGAAUUUUCAGAAAUCACAAAUAACCUGGAUCACAAUUAAUAGAGCUUAAUUAUAAUUAAAGAUUUUCUGUGAUUGUUAAUUUGGCUGGUAUUCAGCUAACAGUAUCAAGGUUUAAAAUGCCAAUAUACAGCAUUUUUAUUUUAUUAUUUAUUAUUAUUUUUUUUAUUUUUAAACAUAUAUCUUUA